UUAUCAGACUUGCACAGCUAUCACAGCUCUGAAUAUGUGCUAGCAAUCCAGUUCCGGGUGUGGAUCUCGCAGCUAACUGCCAGCACGAGAGAAAAAAAAGUAUUCCAUUGUCUCUGCUGCGUUUGACGAAGAACAGAUGAAGUAAUUUGACUUUACUCUCUACUUUUGAUGUUUGUUCAUUAACAACAAAUUAAAACAAAGAAGAAAAUGAACGUCUUUUUCCAGCUACAAUUUCUGUUUGUGCUGGCUCCAUAUGCUGCGUGUCAGUUGCAGAAAGUUCCAGCAUCCAAUCCUGAGAUUUCUGCAAAAAUUGACCAUAAGGAUGAACAAGCAGUGAUCAUGACUAUUUACUGUGUGUCACCUGAAGGCACCUUACCAAUAAUUUACACGUUAUAUAGAAAUAAAACAUUGAUGGAAACCUACCAAGCAGAGAGUCGGAGGAAGGCAGAGUUCCUUGUGCAACUAACUUACAGAGAGCUACUGGAGACCCUCAAAUGCAAAGCUGAGAAUGGAUUUGAUUCAAAGUACAGCAGGGGGCUGGUUAUAGAUUUGUCUGUUAAAUUGACCUCAAAUCCAGAUCCACCUGUUCCGGGCCAGCAGCUUACACUCAAUUGCACUGUAACUUAUGAAACUAAACAAAAUUACACGUGGUAUUUUAUGUACCCAAAGAAGAAUAUGACCAAAGUCACAAAGCAGAACCAGCUAAUUAUUGAAUCCGCAAGCUCAGGGAUAUAUUACUGCUCGAUGCUCCAUCAGAUGAGCAACAGGAUUGAAGUAUCAAUGCAAGAUUCCAGUUUCCAGCCAGUGGUGGUUGGUGUCAGUGUAGCAGCCGUUCUGCUGCUCAUUUUGAUCGUUGGGUUGAUUUGUUAUUGCAAUGCAACUAAAGCCCACAGAUUCAAUGCUGCAUAAGUCAUGUGAUGUGUAUCUGUCAACAAGGUUCUGCUUUGUUAUCUUCAAUCACAAGACAAUUUGGAUCCAGGAAAUACUAUACAACCAUCAUGACCAAUGCCUCAUUGUUAUUGCCAAACAGUAUGGUUUAUGUUAAAGCAGCACAAUGGUCUUUGAUAAAUCUCUUUUUCCUCACUGAUGGUCAGUCAGCUACUUUAUGUCCUACUAUGAAGUCUGAUUGAAAUGGAAGUGAAAUCAAACCCAAGUAUCAAUCAUGACUGGGAUGUGACCUCACAAGAUAACACAAUGGGAGCCAAUCCUUCAAGACUGAAGCUACCAAGAAACUGGACAAAACUGAUUAACAUUUUCAAAUGAGUAUGACUAUAAUUUCAGAUUUUGAGCUUCCAAGAUGCAGGUAUAAAGGGGCGCUUAAGAUCUGACCACCAGCUGUGUCCGUGCAAAGUUACCAAUUCUAAAGGUAUCCCACUCUACUUGCAAUAUUUGUGGAUGUUUUUUCAUAAAUACAAAUCAUGCUAAGUUAAGGAAAUUAGUUAAAGAAAUCGAUCCAUUAUCCCGAGCACUCCGAAUCUAUUUGCAAAAUGUGUAGGACCAGUUUUAACUCAUUUCUUAAAUUUUGUAAAUGAUGCAAGUACUCCCACUGAGAUGUAGGCAAACAUUGGAGCAUUACAAGAAACAUCCCAAACAAAAACAUCUUUUUCAAUAAAGCAUUUAAUUUUACCUGUUUUAUAUUUUGGGAGGUAGGAUGAGCUGAGAGUCUUCCCUUUAUACAUUAUUAUUUUAUAGUUUAGAAAUGGACAUCCAUUUUAUUUGGCCCAGAAAAAAAAAGCUGAUUGAAGCAAUGCAAAUAUUGACAGUGACACUCUGUUUAUUAAAGGACUCAAGACCCUGAAUACUCAUAAGGAUGAAGGUUGGCAUUAAUUCUGUUUUCGCAUUUAUAUUUUGGGUUAGCUCCAGAUAGUUAUUCAAAGUUGAAUAGUAAGACAAUGGUACCCAGCAGAAUGAAGCAAUUUACCACCCAUGCUUGUCACAUUUUGUUUUGUAGUUGUGUUAAGCCCGUUGUCAUAUUAAUUUUCAUAAGUUUUGGGAUACGUUUUAGAGGUUACUUGGGUAGAUUGGACAGACCCACAUCACAAUGUCUUCCCUUGUUGUUUUCUCCAUACCAGACUGUUAGGGAGCAAAAGGUGCAUACCUUCCAAGAAGGACAUUGCUUGUCCUUUACACUGGUCAACUCAUGCUGAUGUUGGUAGUAAUGGAACUCCACCCCACAUAUGCACACAUUGGAUUGCAAGGCAUCAGGCAUUUGCCAUUAAACUCUAAGCAUGAGAAGUUUUGUUACAGAAGUUGUAUAUAAUUUUUUUACCUAUAUAGGAAAGAUCUCACCUUUGUCUCCAGCCACAAAUGGCGGGAGCUUACCUCAGUUGUCAUGAUGGUCCAGAAUUAUGUAUCUGUACUCGACAUUCAUAGAAGUGUUUCAACAGACCAAACUGUCCGUACCUUUCAAGACUGGUCAUGCACAAAUCUGCAGUUUUAAAAAGAUAAGUAAGUAACUUUGUCAAUAUUAGACCAAUGGUAUUAGACUAUAUACAAUUCAUUUACGAUUUUCUUUCUGUGUUUGUGAGGCUGUAUUUACAAAACCCUAUCUAUUAUCCUUCAGCAGGAUGUAUCAGCAAGAUAGGACAAAGGGUGUAGAACUGCCUAGGAUGUUACAAUAGUGAUCAACUUUCAUUUAAGACAGCAUCAAAAUGGAAUUUUGCCAUCAGCUUUGUAAAAAAUAUGUACGUGGAAAGCUGCAUAAGUUUUAUGCUGAUGCUCAUAUCAGCAAUUGGCAGGAAUAUAGAUUUUAAAAAACUGAAACAUAAUAUAAAUAUUCUGUACACCAUUGUUCCUUUAAUAGGAUGUUUCAUUUCAGCAACUCUUUUAUAUUGAAACAUUGAUGUUGUAUCUCAAAAUGUAGACAUUCUGUGCAUGUGAAUGAUUUACUUUAGUCAAACCUGUAUUAUAUUAAAGGUAAUUCAUAAAUGCA